GAGGAGGAGGAGGAAGAUCAUGAAAGAAAAAGAGCUGCAGAGCCGCGAGACCGAGACGAGCGCAAAAAGAGGAGAUUUACAAGCGGAGAAAAAGGAGGAAUAAACGCUGAUUUUCGUAUAGGGGGGUUUUGCUGGACAUCGACGGGGAGGAGAAGGCUUGGCGGAGGUUUGGGGCUCAGUGCGGGAGAUGCUCAGCGGCGGCGGAGGCAGACGAGGACGCGCGCUCAAGGCACAAAAGACCGCGUGAAGGGGAAGCGGCAACUCCUGCGGGCGUCGCGGGAGUGCGAGACACUACUUAACGGCGCUCACACAAUUAAUUAGCCGCCGCUAAUCGAUACGUUCCGGCUCAUCGAUAAAUCCGCCCGGCAUGGACGGGAGCUUGGGAGAGAUGUCGCUGCACGGCCACGCCGAGCUACACUCGCGGGACCUCUCGGCCGCCUUCCCCCGCCCCCCGUUGGCGGGCGGGCCCCCUCUGGAACCCGAGCCGCGGGCGCCCCCGCCGGCUUUCGAGCACUCCAUGUCCGCGCUCGGGUACAGCGGCGACUCCCCGUCCGGGUCGGGCAGCACGUACACCACUCUGACCCCGUUGCAACCCUUCGACGAUAAGUUCCACCACCAUCACCACCACCACCACCCCUGCCUGCCCGUCAGUAACGUGAUCGGGAGUUUCACGCUAAUGCGCGAGGAGCGAGGGGGCCUCCCCGCUAAUUUCUACAACCCUUACGCCAAAGAUCUGAGCCAGAGUUUGACGCCUCCCUCUUCGGGGCUGCACGGCUACGGGAGCCCCAACGGGGGCGCUACCGGGGGUGGGCAGAUGCUCCACGGCGGCUACGACGUCCACGGAGGAAGCCUCUUCUGCAGGACGUCGGACUUUGCAAGAGAGAUGUCGCCCCCCGGGUUGGGCGCCGGGGACAUGUCCUUAGGGGGGCACCAGCUAAACAAAAUGGACGGGGCCGGGCACCACCCUCACCUCUACGGUCAACACUACCAGACGCACCACCACCACCCGAGCCAGCAAACCGCCAAAAUCGUCGACCACCUCCACUCUUUGUCCUCGUCCCCGGGGGACGGCGCUCUAGGGGGAGCGUCCCCGGGCGGCGGGGUGGUCCCCGGGGGCGGCGAGGAGAUCAACACCCGCGACGUGGCCCAGAGGAUCAUUACCGAGCUGAAGCGGUACAGCAUCCCGCAGGCCAUCUUCGCCGAGCGCAUUCUGUGCCGCUCGCAGGGGACGCUGUCCGACCUCCUGAGGAACCCCAAACCUUGGGCCAAGCUCAAAUCCGGACGCGAGACCUUCAAGAGGAUGUCACGCUGGCUGCAGGAGCCCGAGUUCCAGAGGAUGGCCUCGCUCCGACUAGAGGCUUGCAAGAGGAAGGAGCAAGAGCAGAGCAAGCUCGAGCGAAACCAAGGUCCCAAACGCACCCGGUUGGUGUUCACCGACCUGCAACGGCGCACCCUGCUGGCCAUCUUUCGGGAGAACCACCGGCCCACCAAGGACCUGCAGGUGACCAUCUCGCAGCAGCUGGGCUUGGAGCUGUCCACCGUUAGCAACUUCUUCAUGAACGCGCGCCGACGCAACCUCAACAAGUGGAUCGACGAGGGACGCCCGUCCUCCACGGGGUCCUCGGGAUCCAGCGUCUCGUCUUCGGCGGUGUCCUGCAGCACGGCGUGAUGGCAAGGGACGUGGGGCACGGUCGUACGGCGGCCUACGGAGCGGCCGCGAGCUUCCGUUUUUAAACCAAAGAGCGGGCGCCACAAUGAUACUGGCGCGGGAGCGUGUUGUCCCCUUCGUACGGCGGUACUUUGAUUUACGAGUCUUACGCAAUUUCGAGAAAGUUUCCGAUAAUUUCUCGCUAACCACAACUCCUGUCGCGCUUUCGGCCAUUUUGUGAACUGGACAAAUGGGAAAAACGCAAAAACAAAACAAUACAAAGACUAACCAUUUGACCCUACCUUGUCAUGUGGCUCAUAAGCCACGCCCCCUUAAAGGGACAGAAAACACCUUUAUCGUGUGCAUUCUAGCGGCAAGAAUCUUGAUUAAUAAAUGUAUAAAAAACACAUAAUUACAAUUCUUCCAUGCAUAAUAGUGGAGAAAAACGCUGGUAUUUCCAGGAAGUAGCCACUGAAACUGAUGGCAGCCAUUUUAUUAAUGCUAGCCAAUCAAAUGCAAGUAUCAAUAGACGUUGUCACCAGUCACAGUUUUUCGCAAAAUCAAAACGAUAUUUCAAAAAUGUCCUCUAAGCAUAAAUGCAUGUGGAAAACGGAUGUGACUGGGUACGUCACAUCUUGUAGCGUAGAAAUUUGAAAAAAGUGCUUCCGUUGCAGAUAUCAAAACAUCUGAAAAACCGCCUAAUGAAACCGUAAAAAUUUGUUUUUUUCUGAAAUUUUCUGAAAUUCUACUACCAAUUUUUCAUUGUUAAAUUUCAGUUUCGUGAAUUUCUAGGGGUAAUAAAAAUGUAGCCAGUUAGCUAGCUAGUUUCUAUUAGCUCUAGUCAUUCGUAAAACUGAAAAUUCGCAUUGAAAAACAUGGCUGACUUCAGAAGAAAAGGCUCAAAUAUUGCCAAAAUUUUAACUAUAAAUGCGUUUGUUUGUUUGUUUGUUUGUUUGUUUGUUUGUUUGUUUUUAAUUCAGGCAUUUCUAUUACCAAAUUUUCAUUGGGAAAUUUCAGUUUCGCGAAUUUCUUGGGGUAAAAAACAUGUAGCUAGUUAGCUACUGUUGGUAAUUUCGAUUAGCUGUCGUCAUUCGUAAAACAGGAAUUUCGCAUUGAAAAACAUGGCUGACUUCCGGAAAAAAAGCCAUAAAAAUUGCCAAAAUUUUAACUACGAAUGCGUUUUUGUUUUUCUCGAAAUUCAGGCAUUUCUUUUACCAAUUUUUCAUUGUGAAAGUUCAGUUUUUCGCGAAUUUCUAGGGGUAAUAAAAAUGUAGCUAGUUAGCUAGCUAGUUUCCAUUAGCUCUAGUCAUUCGUAAAACUGAAAUUUUGCAAUGAAAAACACGGCUGACUUAAAAAAAAGCCUCAAAAAUCGCCAAAAAUUUUAACUAUAAAAGAGUUUAUUUCGAAAUUUGGGCAUUUCAAUGAACAAUUAUUCAUUGUGAAACUUCAGUUUCACGAAUUUCUAGCAGUAAUAAAAACGUAGCUUGUUAGCUAACUAGCUUCCAUUAGCUCUAGUCAUUUAUAAAACUGAAACUUUGCAAUGAAAAACACGGCUGAUGACUUUUUCGAAAAACAUUCGACAAUGACUUUCCAAAAUUUUUGAAAUAUCACUUUUAUUUCGCAAAAAACUGAUGGAAACACGGCUACACACUAGAGGUCGACCAAUAUGGCAUAUGGCAAACAUCAUCACCCAAAAGUCCAUGUAUCAUCACCCAAACCGUUAGGACAGCAGUUAUUCUAUUUUAUGGGCUGAUAUCGGGUGAUCUUGUAAAAAGUCUAUAUAUCGGCCUGAUAUAUUAGUCGGACCGGUAACAUAACAUAAGUUCUUCUCUUACAUCGGCAAUAUAUUGGCUGAUCUAAAAAAAAAAAAAAUCCAUGUAUCGGGCCGAUAUAUCGGUCGACCUUUAUAAAGAUCAUCACCCAAACAGUUAAGACAACAGUUAUCCUAUUAUAUCGGAUGAUCUUGUAGAAAGUCUAUAUAUCGGCCGAUAUAUUAGCAGGCCCAGAUAUCGGUCGACCUGUACAAGAAAGAUUAGCACCCAAACAGCUAACAUAAGUUCUUCUAUUACAUCGACAAGAUAUUGGCCGAUCUAAAAAAUGUCCAUGUAUCGGCCCGAUAUAUCGGUCAACCUGUAUAAAAAAAGAUCAUCACCAAACAGUUAAGACAAAAUGUAUCCUAUUAUAAUGGCUAAUAUCAGUUGAUCUAGAAAAAAGUGCAUAUAUCGGCCCGAUAUAUUAGCAGCCCACAUUUCGUUUGACCCUUAUAAGAAAGAUAAGGACCCAAACCAUUAGGACAACAGUUAUUCUAUUACAUCAGCUGAUAUCAGCUGACAUUCUAAAGAAAAGUCUAUACAUAUCAGCCCGAUAUAUUAGUUGGACCGAUAUAAUAGCUAGGCCAUAUAUCGGUCGACCUUUAUAAGAAACAUCAGCACCCAAACAGCUAACAUAACUUCUUCUAUUACAUCGGCAAUAUAUUGGUUGAUCUAAAAAUAAGAAAUCCAUGUAUUGGCCCAAUAUAUCGGUCAACAUUUACAAGAAAGAUUAUCACCCAAACAGUUAUCCUAUUAUAUUGGCUAAUAUCGGUUGAUUUGAAAAGAAAAAGUCCAUGUAUCGGCCCGAUAUAUCGAUCGACCAUAAUUAGAAAGAUCACCCAAUCAGUUAAGCCAACAGUUGUCCAAUCAUAUCGGUCGAUUCUGAAAAAAAGAUCAUAUAUCAGCCCGAUCUAUCGGCCCGAUAUAUAUGCUGACCUUUACUACUGAUGUCACAAACUUCCCAUUUGCAUAUGUAAAUACUUCAAGCAGCCGUCUUGUCACACGAAUAUCAUUCAUGCAAGGUGUUCUGUCCCUUUAACUCAAGCCAUUUUAGAGCAAUUUCACCCACCUUUUCAAAUCCACAGACAUGAAAGAAACACACAAAACACAUCCAAUGAAAGAAUAGACUCUCCUCUCUCAUCUUCAUCUGAUCUUUCCUAAACAGCGGCAGAAGCGAGUUAUUUCCCCGUAAAUCAAAGCACCGCCGUUCCGCUUCUCGUAGAUUAGCUCACGUCGGCGGGAGGAUCCACCAAUCAGGAGCAAGCAUACUUUUGGUGCGCCUUCACGCCCCGAUCCUGCCCAAUCAGGAGCCGCCGUUUGCUCACAUGUACUGUUUGACUUCCCCCCUUUGAAUCAGCCCCCAUUUAGUUCCCCGACUUUCCUCGAGAAUCACGGCGAGCGAGGAAAACGACGAGUCGGGUCAUUUUACUUUUCCUAGCAUGAGUUUCCGUGGCGACGGCUCGCUAGCUCCUCCCACUCGCAGCUGUCAAUCAUUCCCAGUUAACUCUUUCAGCGCCGUUGAUGACGAUACACGUCCGAUUCGGGUGAAACGUUCAACCGGAUCGGACGUCUACUAGCGGUACAUUUUAACCCGCAAAAAUCGGAUGUCUAUCGUCGUCAACUGCACGAACGGAGUUUGUUUUCCACGCAUUUUUUGAAAAAAAUUGUUACACCGAAGGAAUGUGAUUCUUUCCUCAAUUUUUUUGUACAGACGUCAAGCACACGCCGAUGGUUUCGCCCAACCGUCCACUCUAUUUAUAGUUUCCCCUCCCCCGAUUUUAAUUUAUUUGCUUAUUUAUUAACGGCGACUAUACGAUGUACGUGUUUAUUUACGAUGUCUGUGUUUUUAUCCGAUGGGCACUUUUAGCUGUAGAAUCCCAUCGUAAUACCAAAGAUGAACUUUGCCUCCCUGAAUGUACGGCUUGAAACCCCUCCCCUUUCCCCUCAUGACCCCGCCCCUUGACUCCGCCCCCUUCCCCCCCGUGAUGUUACGUACGGUAUCUUUACGGCCUUCGUGUGUACGCUCAGCUCUUAUAGGCCGAAGCUUCUUUGAAUGUCGUGAUAUGAAUAAUUAAUAUUGAUAAUAUUGACGAUGACAAUAAUAGCGGCGAGAGCGCCAUCUUCAAGGUCACAUGCUCGUGUCCCCCGGGGGUCCUGCAUGCUUGCGAUUCCCUCCAUUUGCCUCACUCGUGUCCCACUCCUGUCUUUGUCCGAAGUUUAAUCUAGUCUCAGUUCCGAAUAGAUUCCUCAGUGGGCCUGGUACUGGUCCCUGAGUGUUAAUAUUUACAACUUGGAUUCUUGGUACGCAAAGGGUUAAUCUCAAAUCGCUGAUUUGCGAUGUUUCUCAUUCGAUUAAAAACUUAAGUAGACGUCCAGUCCAAUUGUAAGUGAAAAAAUCGGUAGAGAAAUAUGCUAGUUAUGAUUGUCAAUCCAUUGAUUUGGAUGGGAAUGUUGCCCCUACCAACAUGGCUGCCCCGAAGCCAUUUUAGUUGGGGCAAUGAAAGGUGUUUUCAUGCGUAUGCCGCGAUUUGAAACG